AUGGUCACGGAGCCAGACCGACAAGGUCGUCAAACUCCGCCGCGUCUAAGCCGAUGGAUCACAGCAAGGAAACGUACAGACGUGGAGCUGCUCUCUCUCUCUCUCUCUCUCUCUCUCUCUCUCUCUCUCUUUUCUCUCUGGAUUUGCUUUUGGAUUACCUUAGCAUCUUUCCCCGUCUCUCUCUCUCUCUCUCUCUCUCUCUCUCUCUCUCUCUCAACCAAUAAUUCAUUCUCUUCUCUCUCUCUCUCUCUCUCUCUCUCUCUCUCUCUCUCUCUCUCUGAGCGCAUUUAUCUUGUGACGACGAGAG